CGCUGUCCCUGCCAUCCGAAUCACACCCGGCCACAUCCGCUCGCUGGGAUUGAGGGACUCCAUCGGCCAAUGUGCUGAUCCCUCGAUCUGACGACAGCGCAUCGCGCGGGUUUUCUCGGCCCUCGGUUGCCCUGGCCGCUGCCUUUCUGCCUGUGAUAUCGCCUCUUGCUUGCUUGCUUGCUCGGUUUCGCUUCGUCUGUCGCGAGCGAUUGUCGACGAUAUGUUUCUGGACCGGAUAGCCGAGCUGGGCCUGCUGCCGCGCGACCCAAAAAAAUCGGUACUCUCGCGCUUCCCGCUGGCCGUUCGGAAGAAGCUCGUCCACGAAGUCAGCCAAUGCCUGCUCCCAAACCAAAACCUCGUCGCGGAGCCGCAAAACCUGCUGACCUCUCCCACCCAUGUGCGCUGGGUGAUGGAGAUUGUCGGCCAGGGCUUUGCGCUGCCUAUCGAGGACUUUCUCGUGAUCCAAAGCACAAUCUCGGUGUACUCGAACUGGCUGCUUGAGGAAGACAGCCUCCCUGUCGCGAUGAAGCAGAUCGAGGACGACCAGAUUCGACAGAACUUUUGGCAGUCCAUCUUCUCGCAUUUCUCGCUGCUCUUUGAACCCCGAACGCACUGUGAGCUCCCAAACAACUCCAAGAUCGAGGACUUUAACGUCUCGGCGAUCCAGGUCGAGCUUUGUCGCACUAUCCUCAAGGUGCUGGCGAUCUUUGGUCGUCAAUCGGGCCACGCGUUCUCGGAGGCAACCUGGAUCCUGCUGCUGAAAGUGCUUCUGGGCAUGUGCGACCGGCUGCUGAGCGAGCCGCUCGCCCGCAAAGACAGCAAGCGCAAGAUUGUGAGCAGUGGGCCAAAGUCCGACAAACUCGCCCUUGUUGUCGAGGAAGAGGCUGGCCCCAUCAUGGGCGACUGCCUGUGCAAGCACCUGGUCCGGGUGACGAUCGAGCUGUGGCUGAGAUCAAAGAUAACCAAGAUUGAGAUGUGGGACUAUUUGAAGAAAUUUUUCAGCCGAUGGACGCAUAGGCUGGAUGUGGUCACCCAGUGGAAUGCCACGAUACUGGCGCUAUCCCGGAGAGUGAUCGGCCAGCUUUACGGGCCACCAGAAGGCGCCGAGCGGGUGAUCAUCUAUGUCGACGGAUACACGAUCGAUCUGGAUCUGCCUCCCAAGUUUGUGGUUUACGCCUGGCACCAGAUGAUAUAUAUGAUUGGCAAUCCAAAUAUGCUGCCAUUUCGCAACUUUGAGGAAGCCAUCAGGGGCAUCUCCAAGGUGGUUGGCGAGUUUCACGCCAUCGGGAUCGAGACGGACAGCGUGAAGUUGAUGAAUGCCACGGUGCCGGAUGGAAAUACUCUGUUGCACAUGUUUGGAUCGUGGCUGUUCGAAGCAACGACGAAGCAGCAGUCUGAAUUCAACAAAGGCAAAGCCAUAGCCUUUGAGAUCUUGUGUCGCAUUGUCUGCCAACCGCAGCGACGCAACUUGUUUCUGCAGCUCUACUUGGAUCGCUUCUACCACUGUUUGAUACAUGGUCUGCAAAGCGACCCGUUCUCAGUGACGGCGAUUCUGCUGAAUAUGCCGACAUUCUAUAUCCGCGAGCUCAACGGUGCACUGAUGACCAUCCCACACAUGAUCGUGGCAAUUCGCCGUGUGCUUCCGAUGCUGCAGACCGGGUUCGACCUUCCCGCCGACGAUCUGCGCACGGCGGCACUCAAGAUCAUGGGCACCAUCACCCCGUUCCUCAGCCACUUUGAGGCCAUCAGCGUUCCGCCGCCGAUCUGGGCCCAGGUCAAGUUUGCGACACUCGCUCAAGACGAGCCGUCUAAACAGAGGAUUGCCAAGAUCCAUGCGCUGUACGGCGUGAACGACGUCACACAGCAACUGUUGCUUCUAGUUCAACAGACGGCAGCAGAUCGAUCACAAUCGAUGGAGUUUCGACUGCUCAAGUGCGAUGUCCUCGACAUUCUCAUCUCAACCAUGAUGAUCGAGACCUUUGCCCCGAACUGCAAGUACGCGAUUCACCUCCUGACGUGUUUUGCGCUCGAAGAAGGCGAGUUCUGUCCGGGCCUUCCUGCCUUCAUUAUCAAGCACAUCCACGAAAAGGCGUGCACCGGCGUCUGCAACUCGGAAGUGGUAUUGUACUCGUUCGACGCCCUUCUGCAGCUAGGAAACUUGUACAAGCACGUCAUUCGAGAUAAUCCGGGUUGUCCAAGGGAACUGGUCCUGGCGCUCUGUCGACUGAUUGAGAUCUUGCUUAUGGAAGACAAUACAGUGGCCUACCAAGUGGUCAUCUCGCGAGCGUACGACUGCAUGAUCCGAUGGGUUUUGCUCGGCGAGUGGUUUCUGAACGACAAGACCGUGACCAAGGUGGUGAUCGGGACGCUCUGUCGAGGCAUCGGCCUCCUCGAUCGCGAUGACGAGUUCUCAACCGUCAUUCAGACCGCGACAGCGGCAGCAGCCCCCUCGACGACGGCAGCGGUGACGCUUGGAGCCCCGGCUGCAUCUACAGCUGCGACUGCAACAGCGUCCGCGGCUGCCUCUACCUCGCCGUCGACGCCGAUCCUGGCCUCUGCCAAUGCCGUGAUAGCAUCGAUCCCCAUCUACGAAAAAGUCCCGGCCAUCGUGGCCUCGAUCGAGCGCAGCCUCGACAAGAAGAAGAAUAACCGCACUGGCACCAAGCUCUUCCAGAAAAAGACGGCGCCUUCCUCGACCGGGGUCAGCACUGGCACGACGGACGGCGGCUUGGGCUUGCCCACCUUUGCCACGCUCUCGGCCGAGAUGAUGAUCAAGGGCGCAGCCGAGGCGGCACUGGUGCAGCUGGCCAACCACUUGAACAACUUUCCGCCCGUGAACGAAACGACAGGCGUCAGCCGGAUCAGCACCCUGUGGAACGAGGAGGCCGAGGUCAAGCGCAUGCUAUCGGAGCGGGACAAGCUGCUCGGCCCACGGCCCAGGAUCCAGCCCGUCAGUGGCGAGGCCGAAGGGCCGACCCAGGAUCUCGUUCUCAGGAACGGUAUUGCCCUCUCGGAGUACAGGCGGUUCCUGAGGUACUAUGCAUACGACCAUAGAGUGAUUCUCUGUGUCGUUGAGCGCCCCCCGUGGGCCUACCAACAGCCUGGCGACCAUGGCGACAUGCAACUCGAGCCAUUCCACCGAAAGGAACAAGACAGCUCCGCCGAGCCCGACGGGCAGGCGACAGACGAAGCCAACCGGUGGAAGCAGGACAAAUGUCUCCCGGAGCUGACGAUUCUGAUCCGAGACUCGAGCGGCAAGUACUCGUGGAAAUCUCGGCUGGAGUACCUCGAUGAGAAAGCGCUGGCGCUGCUGGCGCCCGAAAAGCCUGAGAAGCCCGAGGAUGUCUUGGCCUCGUCCGAGCUGUUCGAUGAACUCGAGCACGACUCGUACCACUUCAUCCCCACUGAGCUGCCGUACAGCCCAAACAACUGCACCAUCGAGAGAGCCGUGGCGGUGAACGAGGCAUCCAUACCGGAUAUCGAGACGCUCUUUGACGAGAGCGCCGAGAUCAAAGAGGCAUACAACGCGUAUCACCAAAAGACGCAAGAGUUUACAGAGAAGGAGCGGGGAUGGCGAACGGAGAUUCUGCAGAGUGAUGAUUAUGCCGGCAUCGAGGUCAAGGUCGAUCCAACGCCACCCAUUGAUCUCAUGGAUCCGAACCACAUAUCGCAGGUAUCCCGGCUCUAUCUCGGCCAUUCGGGGCUGGCCUCGCCCGAACACCGAUCCAAGCUCAAGCCCUUGCAAAUCAGCGACUCGUUCCUGCGGGACCUCGAACGGCUUGACACAUUACCGGAGCGAGACUGCUUGAGCUUUGGUGUUUUGUUCUGUCGAUCGGGCAAGGACACCAUCCAGGACAUUCUGUCGCCAAAGGGUAUCAGCACGGACUUUAAGCAGUUCAUGUCCUCGCUGGCGUGGCCGGUCGACCUCGAGACCCACCCAGGGUACAAGGGCCGGCUCUCAAAGACGUACUGCUCGACAGCACCCUACUGGGCGAACCGCAACUGGGAGAUCAUCUUCAACUGUCCGUAUUAUAUCCACGACACCAGCGUUGGCGUCGAAACACCAAACAUUGCUAUCCCAACGAGCGUCAACAGCGCCUCGGGGCUCUCGUUCCCAUCGCCGUCUGGGGAUUUACCGUACGAAACGCCCGAGAGCCUCUUCCAGUCCCCCAGUAUGGGCGAUUCGGCUGCCCCCGGAGGAGCCGGCGGCCUCGGCAUCAGUCGCAGCCGUAGCAACAGCCACAGCCACAGCCGCAGCAGCAGCAUUGGAGGCGGAGGACUCUAUGUACAGACGGCAGCGACGGGAUCCUCGGGCAGCGGCUGGGGGUCGACGUCGCCAAGCAUGUCCAACUUCCGGGGAGCGGCUCGGCUCUCGCCGAUCGAGAAUGACUCGCUUCUGGGCACGCCAGUGGCCCUGGCACCGGACCAUCCCCUGGGCAUGCGCGAGAUCUUUGGGCACGUCGCCCAGGACGAUAUUGUGUACAUUGUCUGGAUCGAGGACAACCACAAGCUCGACCACGUCAUCAAAAGGUUCUCCAAGACCGAGAACGAGUCCAAGCUGGCCAGCAGCAACCUUGAGGGCCGGGACUCGCGGGUGCGGCGGUCGCCGCAAGACGAGGAGCUGCAGCGUAAGCGCCAGAGCCUGCCGGGAAGCAAGACCAUGUACGAGGCGGUUGGGGACUUUGAGAAGCGCAUCACACACGAUACCAGCGGAGACACUGCCGAGGUGCAGAGCACGGUCUCAAAGGAAGCACCCAAGCCCCGGGAUCCUGCCUUCAGCAGUAGCAGCGGCAGCACAGGCGGGCCAGCGAAGCGACCGGGCGAUGCAGCGGCCGGCCCAACGGCUGUAUCAGGCGAACCCGAGCAUCUCUGGAACGGACAGAUCUUUAUCGUCAUUCAUCCGCUCGCCAAGACACCGGGGCUGUACGAGAUCCGGAUCGUGACGGUGGAAACGUGGAAGGAGAACCUGUAUUUUGGACCCUUACUGGACGGAAUGAUCGUCAGCCAGCAUGCCCUCGGGACGCUGGUCCGAAGCACGGCGAUCUCGGCCCACCUGAGUUUCAAAUUGCGCAAAGGCGGAUACCGCAAGCCACAUUUGGUCCGACGCAAUGCGAUCGAGGAGCUGUGCACCAAACACCGAAUGUCUGGCUCGCUCGCAGACUUCUACGGCGAUUUGUAUUAUUAGCACACAAAAGUUGAGCGGGACGUGCCUCGAGUAUUGCAAGCAGUACCGCCGUCAUCAGAGGAGGAGCGAUGCGUGUUGGUCCCUCACUUGGACUGUGCCAUGUGCCUUGAACAAGAAGGGAAUAUCGCAAUUCCGCGAAAGGACUGCUCGUUUCGGUUUCUGGGUUCUUGGUGGCGAGCAGCGGGACGACCACACAGUCCGGUGGCGCCGGU